GGCCCAUCUGCUGCCUCGGACAAAAGACGAGGUUGCAAACCAUUUGUAUUACACUGCGCUCAGGUUUCCGCCCUUUGAAGAUUGCUACCGGCCGUGCGAUGCGAAAGCUGACCAAGAGCAGGCAUCGAAACGAUCAAAGUGCAGCGUAGUUCUCCGAACGCAUGCCCAAGCCAAUACACAAGCCAGGAAUACUACAAUUCUCAGCAUAAAAUGGCCGACAUUUUCGGAAGACGGCGUGAAGAUCAUCUUGAUGAGGAAGAGCAGAGAUACUUCGAAGGACUUCGCCGGGACAAGAAACGUGUAGAAGGGCUUGGGUACAUUUGUCUGGGCAUUCAUGUCAAUGAAAAGCAUGCGCUCUAUGAAGAACGACGAAAAGACGUCGAGAAGACUGCUUCUCAUGACGAUGAAAUAUUGCGGCCUGUAAGUCGUCAUCGUGAGUCAACUGCGUUCAGACUUGACAGUUUGCAGGACGCAAAUCGAGAGCCAAAGACCGGCACCGAGUUAAUUACUCUUACAAAACCACAGUUUGCUCUGGUCUGUAACCCCAAGAGCCUGCAGUUCCACGUGGCGCAGGUUACGCAAGACUCCGGGACCAAGUACUGCUGGAUCUCCCCGACACUAGCUGCUGAAUGCCAAUUGAGGAUGGCCGAUUCCAACAGCGGCAUCAUGUUCGAUUUCCAAGGAAACUCGUUCGAAUCUAGAAAAUCCGUUACUAUAACUCUGAUAGGACGAAACAAGAAUAAGACGGAGAAUUGCACCUGCUUUGUAGGUCCUAAAAAUGCGCCGUUCGCCCUGCUUGUUGGUGAAGAGUAUUUCAACAAGAAGGGCUGGGUUACUUUUCUAGAGGCAUCUGGGACAAACAGUGGACUUAUUUUCUGCGCGAAGAACCUAACGAAACCCGAGGCAGCCGCCAUUGAAGCUGGAAGGGCCUAUGCCGACGCCAUUGCAGCAAAGUUGAACGCGAAGAAAAAUACAAGGAAAGCGUCGGAAAACAUGGAUUAACCUCUCGCUUGCGAUAAUCGCAUACGGAGGCGGAUGGACGAAGUCACCAAACUC